AUGGAGGAUCAGGACCUGAAACGGAGGCUUUAUUGGAGCCCUCUCCAACGCCUGAUUCUGAGUGUCCCCAGGGAUCAGAGAAAGUCUGCUGAAAGCCCCCAGAAGAACUUCUUCCCCCUUAACAAAACAUGGACCUUUCAGCACCACGGACAGCAGCAAGAGCCAACUAGCUUCUCUCUCCCUGAUGAUGAUGAUCAGCAUGAAUGUGAAGAAGAGGAGGAGGAGGAAGGCGUCACCGCCCCUGCCCCCACCCUUGACUCUGAGCAGAUUCUCACCCAAGGUCCUCAGAAAGUGUGUUACACUCGCUGGUUUAACCAAGAUGAUCCUGUGGACAGUGGAGAUUAUGAACUCAUCGCUGACAUCCUCUACAGAAACCCCAGUGAAAUGUGCUUGUUGCCAAAGGCAAUAGAAGUUCAGACUCUGAACGGAACUCCAGCAUCUGAAACAGGGCAGAACUUUGCUGUGAAGCAAGCAAAGAUUGGCUUCAUCUGCCUCAACAUCAUGCAGGAGAAAGGACAGUGGUGCCAUGAUUAUCGCGUGCGGUUCUUGUGCCCACAAGCCUUCUGUUCAGGAGGCCAAGAGGCCAUCACUUCUCCUGUCCCAGCUUCCCCCUUGGAGCAAGUUCAGAGUACCUCAGAGAUUCCUGUGAAAGGUGGUCAAGACCAAAGCCCUCCAGGACCAAACUCCACCGUGGGACAAGUCCAGAGCACUCCACAGAGCACAGAGCAAGAAUCUCCUUCUGUUUGCCAGACGAUUUGGUUCAACCAGGACAACCCUUCUGGGGAAGGGGAUCAGGAACUCCUUGUUGACCUCCAGAGGCUAAACCCCCACCAGAUUUGCUCUGAACCCCUUCAGAUAGAGGUGCAGACCAUCGAUGGGAUCCCAGCUUCAGAGACGGGGCAACACUUUGCCAUAAACGAUGCCAAUGUUGGCUUCUCCUGCAUCAACGCUGAGCAAGGGAAAGGACAACGUUGCCAUGACUAUCGGGUGCGAUUCACCUGCUCGUGGUCUUUCUGCAAAGGAAGCCAAGAACUGUCUACUCCAAGACCAAAACCUCUUACAUCUCUGGCCCCCACUUCUACUUUGGCACAAAAUCAAAGCGCUCCACAGUUCCCAGUAGAAGGGUCAAGUUUGGAACCUGUCACUGUCCUCACUCCAACUACUCCAGAAAUAAAAAUUGGGGCCCAGGUGGAGGAGCAAGCUUGCAAGACUCCUUGGUUUGAUCGGGAUGAUCCUUCCGGCACUGGGGAUUAUGAGCUGCUUCCUGACCUCAUGGAUGAAUACCCCGAUGCUCUUUGCCUCCAGCCGGUGGGAAUCGAAAUCCAAACAUGGGACGGGGUGCCAGCCUCCGAAACCGGGCAGCACUUCACCAUAAAUGAUGCCUCUCAUGGGUUUGCCUGUAUCAACGCCCAGCAAAGGAAAGGUGUACUGUGUCUGGACUAUCAAGUGAGAUUCUUCUGUCCCAACUCCUUCUGCAAGAAGGAUCAGUCUGAGCAGAGUUCAACAAGCUUUUCUCCUACCACCCUUGACCAAAUGACAUCGACACUUCUCCAGAGUUCCACACAAGGACAAGUCCAAACAGAACUGGACACGGCCACUUCUCAGAGUCCAGCACCAGUCUGCAAGACGAAAUGGAUCAAUCAAGACAACCCUUCGGGCACAGGGGACUUUGAGUUGGUUUACUACAUAAGAAAAGCACAUCCAGAAGCUCUCUGUAUUAAGCCCCUCGCAAUUGAGGUCCAGACAGUGAACGGAAUCCCCGCGUCCCAGACAGGACAGCUAUUUGCCCGGAUUGACGCGAUCAAUGGGUUUGCUUGCAUCAAUGCGGACCAGGGGAAAAGGGGUUUCUGCCGUGAUUACAAGGUGCGGUUUGUCUGCCCUGACUCCUUCUGCUCAGGGGAUGACCAGAAAGAUGAAAAUGUGAAGACUGGUUGACUGUGAAGAUAGCAAUUGACCUCUGCCACCCACUAGCCGAAGAUCUGGGCUUCUGGUUCUUCUUGGAAGAAAUGAAUGAGGCUUUUGCUCUGUUAUUGCUGGCUGAUAAUACAAUAA